AUGGAGGUGGAAAAUCCACAGCCAGACUGGGAGCGAUGGAGGAAGAUAAUGGAGCUGAAGGUAAGGCGUUGGAUAACUGUGGAUGUCGGCGAGGAGUCUGAUGAGGAAGACGAUGAGGGGCAUGCCAAGGUGAGGAAGGAUGAUGGAGUGGAUACAGAGUACCGGGAGGUGAUAGAUGAAGAAGUAUGGGCUGAGAACUGGGGGGUAGAGGACAGAGAUGCAGAUAUUGAGGGUGAAGAACAAAGCAGGGUCGAGAAUCAGGGAGCAUUCAUGAAUGUGAAGGAGGAAGAACAGGAUCCUGUCCUAAAGAACCUCGUAAAACACUCUAGUCAAGAGCAGAAGGGGAAUAGGGAUUCUUUGGAAGGUUCAAGUUAUACUUGGACUGAUUGUAACGGUGAGAACAAUGAAGGGCGUGGUUUCACUGGGUUGCAGAAUGACGAAAAAAGAAGAAAUAGUAUGUUGGCAGUUUUGAAGAAGGGAGAACUCCAUAGGAGGGUGAGUGCCAUCUCACGGACAAACCGUGUAGAAUGUGAAAAGGAGGAAGAAGAGAUGUCAAGUGAGGAUGAGGAGGAAAGGAGCUCAGAAGAAGGUGCAGACAGCAUAAAGAUCUACUGCAAAGAUGACCACCACGUCGAGCUCUUCCGCACAUUGACGGCAUUCAAGGACUCGUCUCUGCUGGCCGACCUCACUUUGAGAACAUACGACGGCACAAGGCUCCGCCUACAUUCCAGCGUCAUGGCAACCGUCAGCACCCUGGUCAAGAACAAUUUGAAGCACUGUGUGGGUGAGGGAGAGCACAGGUACUCCAUUUCCUUGGGUCCAGAUGUGGACUUCCGUGGGCUGGAGGGGAUUGUGGAAUUCGCCUACACUGGACUUAUAUCCCGUUUGAAGGAGGACAACGUAGCAUACGUGGAAGCUGCAGCUCAGACCCUGGGCGCACAGAGGGUGUUGCAUUUUCUUUGUAAGCAGAAGGAGAAAUCGUUCACUGCUACUGAAAAAGAGAACGAGGGAGGCAUCUCGGAUUCAGAACAAUUAGCCAUCAGUCUUCAUUCAAUCCGAAAGUUGUGGGUGGAGCGAGUGGGCUGCGAUGUUGUUCUAGAAGCAAUUGGAGCAUCACUUCCUGCCCACAGAAUCAUCCUGGCAGCCAGCAGCGACUUCUUCCGUGGAAUGUUCAGCUCAGGGAUGAAAGAGUCCACUCAGUCCCACAUCGCUCUUCCGUUCCUGUCUGCUUCAGACUUGGAAGCUCUCGUCGGAUCAUCCUACAGUGGCGCGCUCCCGCUAAGCUGGAGUUGCGCGUUUGAGAUCAGCAGCACCUCCAUUCAGCUUCAGUACCAGCCAGCGCUCUCCCUGAGCCUGGACUUCCUCCAGCAAGAACUCAAUCCGUACUUUUGCCUAGAUGUGGUAUCGUUCGCCCGAGCUUACCAGUUAGCACAGCUUCUCGAAGUCGCCGAAGAUUAUGUGUUGCGGCAAUUUCAAAAGGUGGCGUGCACCUCCAAAUUUAAGGAUCUGCCAGUUCCGCAGCUCUCGAGAUACCUGAACAGCAGCUCGCUUUGUGUUCCGUCCGAGCUGGUUGUGUUCACGGCUGUCGCGGGCUGGAUCCGAGCCGAGCCCGAGACCCGAUGUAAACUUGCCAGAGAGCUCAUGAAAACUGUCCACUUCCCCCUUAUGACAUUUAAGGAAUUCAAAGAAGUUCAGGUGGCGAAACUGUGGCGUCUACACGAGCUGGCCGAGCUCUAUGAAGAAGUGCGGGAGGUGUUCUGCUCCAAUGAAGUGGAACCGCAGAGCCGCAUCUACUUGCCGAAACAGAUUAUAGUCUUGACCGGAGGCGAUCAGAUCUCCGAGGACCUGGGGAAUCGCCGUUUGAGCAGAGAAGUCUGGUUCGGGAAUUCUCUAAUGAACCACACGGGGAUAAGAAAAGCGAUGGAGUGGAGGCUGCUGGGAGAAAUGCCGGAUCCGGCGAGGUUCUGCCAUGAAGCCGCGGUGCUCAAAGGGAAACUCUACGUCUUUGGUGGGAAAAAGUACUACGGGACAGAAGACACCCUAAAGUCUGUUUACAGGUAUGACCUACUCCAAAACAGCUGGGAGAGAAUGGCUGACAUGACAAAUAAGAAGGGCUACUUCUCAGUGGUGGUACUAGGCGAUCACAUAUAUGCCAUUGGGGGGCGCUGUCACCCUGAUUAUACAGAUAGUGUAGAAUGCUUCUCACCUGCUGCUAACUCUUGGAGCUUUGUUCGGCCCCUGGAUCAGACCCUCGCUGGGCACGUGGCCAAAGUUUCUCGAGGGCAGAUCUUCAUUUCUGGUGGAUUGAACAGCGACCACUGUUGUCUGGCAUCUCUGUUUGUGUACCACCCAGAAAAAGGUAGCAUCUACCUGGCUAAUAUGUCUGGAGGACGUGCUCACCACUGCAUGGAGACUCUAGACGACCGUCUUUACGUCAUGGGCGGGAUUACACAGGACAAUAAGCAGACGGCGAUAGAUCAGCUAGCCUGCGAGGCGUACGAUCCCGAUGCGGACUGUUGGACGGCUUUCUCGGCUCUACCCGUGCCUCACGUGGGGGCUGGAAGUGCCGUUCUGGAGGGGAAGUUGUACGUGCUGGGCGGGUACAGUCAAGAGGACUACAGCGACACCAAGAUGGUCCACCGUUACGACCCAGCUCUGCGGAAGUGGGAGAACAUGGGAAAGAUGCCGGGGCCGAACAACGACCUGCGAGCGUCUGUGCUAUUUCUGCCACCACAUGUACGCACGUAG